AAACUGUCAUCGCAAGAAAAAAAAAAACGAACGGCGUGAGUUGAAGGGAACGAACGUUUUGCUCUUUUUUCAAGUUAAAAAAUAAAGACAAAAAAAAAAACAUAAAAUUCAUAAAAAUUUAUCCAAAACAAAAGAAAAUUUUUUAAAACCACAAAAAAUGUUCACCUUAUUCCUAUCAAUUUUAUUUACCACUUGCAUUCUUGCCGCACCAACUCCUCCCGAAGCAUCAUCAUGGAGUAAAUUAAAAGAAGACAAAACUCUGGAACGUUUUCAGAGCACCCUUCUCAAUGAAACAUUCUUGCCAUUCUUAAACGAAUGCUACACAAUUCAAGUGGGCCAAUCCAAACGCGAAUCAAAAACACAAGAAAGUAUUUGUUCACGUUAUUUUGAUGCAAUUUUACAACUCAAUAAAAGUGACUUUGUUGUCAAUUUACCAAAUGUAAUUGCAAUUCGUGAUCAAGUCAAUGCUUCAGGAGCAUUUUGUGAACAAAAAUACAUCUUUCCAUCAAUUAAAUAUUAUCCAAAAGCUCCACCAAGAGAUUUUAAUAAUCCUGCUGUUUGUGGAGUUUCUUGUUUGGAAGAUGAUGCUGUUACUCCGAAAGCAAUUUGUAAAUUCCUGGCUUGGAUGGGCGAGGAGAUAAUCAAACAUUCGUCGGUUGGGAAUGGUGGCAAACCUGUGGGAGUGCCAUUAGUUCCAGUUGUUGGUGCUGCUUUAGCUCCAGCUGCAGCGCCAACAAAAGUUUCACAAAUCCAAGUCGUUGAAGUUCAAUCAACUCCGACUGUUGUUUUGGCAAAUGAGAAUGGAAAAACCCCGGAGGAUGUUAAACCUGACGCAACCACAGCAGCUAAACCAACACUGAAUUCAUCAAACACCCAUUCGUUACCUGCUGCUCAAUCAAUUGCCCAAGCUGAAACUCCAAUUAAAAUCGAUAACAAAGACAAGAAUUCUCCCAUCGAUAUACCAGAACCAACACAAAGCGCUGUAGUUGCACCAGUUGUUCCAGUAAUACCCAAGGAAGAGAAAAACAAAGAAACUCAACAGCAACAACAACCUUUAGAAGAAGGUAAAGAAGAAAUUGCACCAGCACCAUUAAACUCUAGUGCCCAAGAUGCAAUUCAACAAAUUCAACCAGCUAAAACAAAACAAGACUCGAUGGAAAAUCAAGAUUCUGAUGAAGAAUUAAAUUCCAUUGGAGAUGAUACUGGCGUUGAACCCGACGAUUACAAGGAUUCCCUAACUAAUGUAGGCAAGUCAAAUGUUGGCAUUGCAAAUCCCGAUGAUAACGAACACAACCAAAGUAGCAGUCCAGAAAUUAUCGUUGGCAAUGAUAUUGUCAAUAAUAAACCAAUGGUCGAUCCAUUCCUCGAAGAAUCUGGAUCGAAUUUCUUUACAUAUUUCCUUGUCGGAAUGUUUCUUUGCAUUGCCAUGUAUGUCCUCUAUCACAAUAAAUCAAAAGUUCUUGCUCUCCUUUUGGAAGGCAGACGUGGCGAUAAAGGUCGAAGUGGUCGCCGAAAGCAUACAGCUGCCUACCGAAAGCUUGAUUCAAAUUUGGAAGAAGCGAUCACGUCAUCAGCUAGUGGACGAACAACACAAAUUAUUUACUAAAUCCUACAUCUUUCCUUUGAGUUUGGCUUACUGCCAACAUGUAUGUCCUCUCUUUGUGUUGAUGAUUUAUUAUUAGUUUAUGUUGACUUUCUUUUUUGUUUUAUUUUUAAAUGAAAUAAAUUUUUGAAAGCAAUAUUAGGGUUUAAAAUGAA